AUGCCAUGCGGUGCGGUGCCUCACGCCAACAGCAACCGAAGCAACACUUCCAUUUUCUUUUCGUCCGUCACUCUGCAAACAACUCCCGCGCGCCACGGAACAGCGAGCAUUGUUGCUCUGUGUCUGCCGCCCACGCUUCUACUCCUUCCUCCCCGGCUUCUUUUGUUGAGAUCUUCCCCGACAUUUCACGGUCGAGCCGAUGGCGGUGUCCAGCUCUUACAAAUGGAAAUGUUCUUACGGGACAAUGGCAGAGAUGCUCACGACGUCGUGGAGCCGUUCCACCAGUCGGCGGGCUGGCGGGGUAGAGUCCUGCCCUGGCUGGGUCUCCUGCUGCGCCCAGCCCGUGGCUUGGAGAUAAGGGAAAUGCAGGGGCCGGCACCCCGAUUGAGCGCUGUCAUUGGCCAUAUGAGUAACGACGUCUUGUAA